AUGUCAAGCUCUGAGAAAAGUAGCAUGGCUUUGGAUGGCAGGCAAGAUGUCACCAUUCUUGACUGUGCUAGAACUGGAGCUUGCAUUACAUCACCUCGUAGUUUGGAAGCAUGUCGUCGUAUGGGCAUUAAACCGUCUGAUUUAAUUUCCAAGACAGUUGUAGAGUUUCUGAAUCAAAAAGUCAAUCAAAAAUUUUCGCUGAUAGAGAAAGAAGCUGCAGUGCUUCGUCAUGAGCGUUUUGAACAGCAACGACAAAUUAAGGUGGAGACCGUUCGGGUAGAACGAGAGGCAAUCAUUCAUGGCUUAGGACCCGCACCCCCUUCAACAGCUUUAUUAUCGGGAUCUAUCGGUAGUCCAGUGUUAAAACGGCAAAAUGUUCCAGGCUUUCCACCUCGACGAAUCAUGUCGGCGAAACGCUGGAAAAAGAAUGGUAACUCGUUAGUAAGUAGCACAGGAGCGUUGCCUGGCUCGACGUUGUUGCAAUUAGAGGAACGACGGUUUGCCCGGAUGAAAUUACGCCAACAGCAAGACCUUCGAAAUGCUAUCGAAAUGGAGGCAAAACUUGCUCGGAUUCAGGAAGAAAAUGCUCGACGAGCUGUGGAAGAGUUAAAACGACAAGAGGAUGAUCAACGCGUGGCAAGGGCGCGUCGAACGCAAUUAGCUGCUGCAAAGCACGAGAAAAUGCUGGCAAAGAAGCGAGUGGAAGAUAAAGAAGCUCUUGAGCAGAAAGCUCGGCGGCGGGCUGAAGCGGAACGUGAAAGAAUAUUAGCCGAGGAAGCUAAAGAGAAAGCGCGGAUUCAUGUGUUAGAAAUAGCACAGCGAGAUAAGGAGCGGCAAGAAAAUGCUGAUGCAUGGCGAGCACACACUGAGAAAUUAAUGAGGCAGCAGGAAGAAGUCGUUGAAGCCAAUCGACAAGUGAUGCUGGAAAAGGAACGAAAAAUUGUUUUGAAAAUGGAAGAUGCAAACAAGAGGCGACAACAUGAAGCACGGGAACGACGAGAAAAGGCUAACGCGCGUAUUCAAAGUGUAUCAUAUCAAAAUGAAAUGGCCAUUGCGAAUAAAAAGCAGGAAAUGGCAGACAAACAAAAAGCGGCGGCAGAGCGUGCUCGAGAGAUGGAAAGGAAGAGCCAGAAUGAAUUAAAAGAUCGCGCUGCAAAGUCCAAGCAAGAAGAAAUCGUACGUCAGAAGCGACUUGAUGCAGCUAAUGGAAUACGGCAGAAUCAUGUACGCCAACUGAUGCUAAAGCGUGAACAGGUGGAAGCUCAGAUGAUCAUAUCACAGCAAGAACGAGAAAAAGAGCGUUUGCUUGCGCAGGUAGAGCAUCAGUUGCAAGUGACUCAAAAGGAGGAAAAUGUUGCGAGGAUUCAACGAAUGGAAGAGUAUGCACGUGAGCAGUUAGUUAAGCGUAUUUCUUUAGCCGAUGCCAGAUCUAAAGCAGUGAAGGAGCGAAAGGAAGCUCUGUUACAGGCGCGGCAUCAAGCUGCAACCGAGGCAAUGAUUCGUCGACAUCGUCUGGCUGAAGCUGUAGAGAAGCUACGAAGAUCAACGUCAAAGUGGGAUAAGGUCGAAGAAUAUCUGGAUUAUGAAGCGCAUAUUCCGCAGACUGUCACGCCUAUCUCCGGGCCGACAAGUAAUAACUGGGAGUGCUGA